CCUACUGAAGUAAAUGUGAUUACGAAUUCUCUCGAUUUUUCAUCAGGGAGUACUUUCACUGAGCUUGGACAGGAAGAUCCGAAUUUCGUUCACUUAGAUGACAGAUAUAAAUGUUGUUAUUGCAAACACGUUCUUCGCAAUGCAAUGCAAACAAGAUGUGGACAUCAUCUGUGUGAGAAGUGUGUGGGGGAAAUCUUUACUGUUGACUGUCCAGCUGCUGAAGAAAACUGUGAACGCCUGAAACGAAAUGAUAUUUAUAUGGAUAAUGGUGUCCGGAGAGAAAUCCGGAACCUGUCUGUUCAUUGCAAGAAUUCCAAUGUAGGAUGUGAAUUUUGUGCACCCUGUAAAGAUAUUGAGAAACAUGAAGCUACAUGUUGGUUCACUCCAGUUAAGUGUCCAAACAAGCAGUUUGGCUGUACUACUAUCCUCACAAAGACUUUGAUGAGCAAUCAUGAAAAGGAAUGCCAGCAUCGUCAGACUAAAUGUAGAAGAUGUGGACAGACGUUCGCCAUCUCACAGGCUCGGCAACAUGAAGAAAAUGAUUGUCCAGAAGGACAGAUCCCUUGUCCGUUUGUCUGUGAAGUGAGUCGGAUAAAGCGAAAAGAGUUGAUAGAACACUUGAUGUCAUGCACUAGAAGACCACUGGAUUGUAAAUUCAAGACUUCUGGUUGUACCUUCACUGGUAGUGCUGAUGAACUAGCCCAACAUGAACGAGAGCGUGUUUCUGAUCAUCUAACCAUGCAUGCAGAACAGACCUCAGAGAGGGAAGACUUGAUAAAACAACUCUCUGAAUGUCGUCAAGAAAAUGAGUCCUUAAAGAAUUCCAUAAAGAAUUUGGAGAAGACUGUCAAAGGUCUCCAGAAUCCCAUAUGAAUUUUGGAUGACAUAUAUCAAGAUGGCACUGAACAGGACAUAACUGAAGAAAAGGAUGUGAGAGAAUCCAAUCUAAUAUUUAAAAAAAUAUAUAUAUUUAUAUUAUUUAUAAAAUAUUUCUUUGCAUAUACUGUUCAGAUAUAUUAGUGGGUCACUUCAGGAAGAAUGAAACACCACUUUGUUAAGACUAUUGUUCUUCAAUUUCUAUGUCUUGCUGACAGUUUACAGAUAGGGUGUGGAAGUGCUGUCAUACUGUAACGGUGACAUAAGAACAAUAACUUUUUAAAACAAUUAUUUGAAUUAAAUGGGUCAUGGGAAUUCCCAUGGUAUUCAUGGAUUGUGAACCUCUUCUUUUUUCUUUUCUUUUUCUUUUUCUCGAGAAAACGUUUGUUACCGGUUGGUAGCAUGACCAAAAUUGGUGUCCAUAUCCAUGGGUGGAGAUAGGGCAAAACCUGAGAAUAUUGAAAUUUGGCCUCCAGGGACAGAUUGCUGCCUAAUUUCAUUUGUUUAAUGAUGUCACCAGAGCACUGAUUAGUUCAUCACUGGCUACUGGAUGUAAAAAAUUAAAUUGAUAAUUAAUUCUGGCCCAUAGUCUUCAGAGGAAGCUCUCUACAUGCAGGGCUCGCGCUGUCGUUCGCCAAAGGCGAAAAUAAAAAAAUUGGCGAAAGAAUUUCUAUUACCGUAUAAUUCUUUGUUUAUAACUUUCAACCGAUUAUGUUUAGUGUUCCGGUUCAUACCAAAUUUGAGCACGUGGCUGGUUUUCACUUUAUUUUCGGAAACAAGCGAAUAUCGAUCUAAUACUCAGAAUACACAGUUAAAGAUUUUAAUGAUAAAAUAUUAGAUUAUUAUAUAAAAUGUGUUUUACCCAAAAUAAUAUCUAAAGUUUUCUUUUACCUCAGAAAGCUUUAGUUUAAUGUAGGUUAGGUCGCACGGCCCUGUUCAUUUCUGGAAUGUGGGGGUGCAAGUAGAAAAUGUACACAUGCGUUCCGCCUUUCUACAAAUAUUAUUUAACUAUCUUUAAUGUUACUGGUAUAAAUUGUAUAUACAUAUUAUUUCAAAUACACUUGGUCAGCAAUUAUAAAUUGUUUGUGCUAUAUUUGUAAAUAAACUUUAUCCUAAUAAGCCUCACUGUUAGAAAUUGAAUGCUUGGAGCAAGUUGUUGCUUUCUACCUAUUUUUGGAUUGCAAUAGAUGACGGUGUUUUGUUUGCAAUAAACAUGUAAAAGACG